GCGACUGCCCAAUCCACUUCACCCUUUCCAGCCUUAUCAUCAUCGCUUGGCAGUGCCAGCAACACUCUCCCUUCCAGACUUCCUUGCAGUAUCACCUAGAUACUUCCAUUACGUUUUCCGCCGGUCGGAAUCGUCAUUCACCUUAAUACCACUGUCGCCUUGUGUUUCAACCUCGUCGAACUUCCUCGCACCCAAGCCACAGCCACAGCCCCAGACUGCGCUUACCGAAUUCCAACAGACCGGAAUUAAUCUGUGUUGAGCAUCUACUAUUGGACCACCAUCGACUUGCACUUUCAGUCAUAGUCGACCCUCAUCCACCUUUCAAAAAACACAUCACAAGCAAUCAUGCCUUACUCAGCAAACCUCACAAGGGAGAACAGCGCCGCGCUGGACUACUUCAUCCAGCAGCCUGUCUCCCAGGACAUGAUCUCAUACCUCGCACAGAAAGCUACACAGGUCAUCCGAUGUGAAGCUUCCCUUGACAAGAGCCUGCCCCCCACACCGCCGGCCUCCCCCCCACACCAGGUCCGGGAACCCUUCCUGCCAUCCGUCGAGGAGUUUAUUACAUCCCUCGUCGAGCGUUCCCACGUCCAGGUCCCUACCCUGAUGACCAGCCUGGUCUACCUCUCCCGUCUCCGGGCUCGUCUUCCUCCUGUCGCCAAGGGCAUGAAGUGCACCACCCACCGCAUCUUCCUUGCCGCUCUUAUCCUCGCCGCCAAGAACCUCAACGACUCUUCCCCCAAGAACAAGCACUGGGCCCGCUACAGCGCUGUUCGUGGCUACGACAACUUCGGCUUCUCCAUCACUGAGGUCAACCUUAUGGAGAAGCAGCUCCUCUUCCUUCUCGACUGGGACCUUCGCAUCAACCCCGAGGACCUUUACUACCACCUCGAGCCCUUCCUCGCCCCCAUCCGUGUUUGGCAAUCCCGUCAAGCUGAGAAGGCCAGGCUCAUUGAGCAGGAGAAGGAGUACGCCCGCCAGCAGCAAUACCAGCUCACCACUGAGAACCUCUCCUCGUACGAGUACGCUUCAUAUGCCCCCCGCCAGCAGAAGUACGCCUACCACCCCUCGUCUCGCUCGGCUUCCCGCACUCCUUCUCUGUCGCCUCCCACCCGCAGCACCUCCGUCUCAACCACAUCUUCGCCAUCUAGCUUCCUCGAUGAGCCAUCCGAGGCCAUCAUGCACAGCUACGACCAGGGCGCAACCAUUGUACAUAUCAAUGCACCUGUCACCCAGACCAGGCUGCAGCACUCGCUUCCCAUCUAUGAAGACAACAAGCCGACAAAGAAGGCUAAGACUUCUGGUGGCUUCUUCAACAGGAUGUUUGCCGGCGCCUACACAAGUCGCCAAGCGGCCUACUAAAAUAGCAUUCGCUUUCCCAUAUCAUUCGCCUAGACCCUCGAGUUCUUUCCAUCAUAUCUCAGUAAGAGAUGUAAAAGAUUUACCUGGAUAUGAUAUGCCGAAAGAUUGCCGGUCAACCAUUCAACAUAUCAUCGCAUGAUACAUGGCGUUCCAUUUGAGCAUUUGCAUAGCACGCAUAGCAUUGCACGGCGUUCGGAGGAAAUCAAUGUUCAAUAUUUUAUAUAGGCCGGCGCGCCUCAAUAUCCCAUUAGCAGUUAGCCACACAUCUUCACACACACCGUUUUCACGGACAGUACGAGUAAUGAAAUCUCAAUCAAUACUUCAAUCACGGCCCAUUUUCUUCUUAGUGCACCGCCGCAACGUUCGCUUCCUUCCGAGCGCACGAGCAAUAUCGACGGAAGUGUCGUGACAGCUC